AUGUUGCCGAAGGACCAGAGUCCUGUGUUCCAAGUAUGGGAUGAUUCGAACAGGCAAGAACGUGUCAAGAAUAUAACAUCAGCUGGCUAUCGAGUUAUACUUUCAUCAUGUUUUCUCAUCUCGGCCAAAAAUUAUGUGGGGCAUUGGUACUCAUACUACACAUGUGAUCCAAGAAACUUCUCAGAAUCAGAGCAAGGAAAGCAAUUGGUUAUUGGUGGUGAAGCUGUUCUCACUGGCGAUUUUGUGGAUGGAACGAUUCUCUUCACGCGUUCAUGGCCUGAUGGUGCAUCUCUAGCUGAACGUCUUUGGUCACAAGGGGAAUUCGACAUUGAGGAAUUUAUACCACGAUUAAAUGAACUGCGUUGCCGCAUGUUAGACAUAAUUCGAUUUUCAAGAUCAUCCGAAACUAGUUGA